AAUGUUUUUGUUGUCACUGGGAGGGAGGGGGUGUUCUUUCUUGGUGAACCACACCGGAAGGGAGGAGGAACUGCCUUUUCUGUCUGUCUGACUGUUUGUAGCAUGGUUUGUAGUGUCGCGCUGCGGAAGAAGACAGACAGAGCCCCGGUGUAUUUGUUAUGGAAGCCAAGUAACAAGGAAGGGCGACGGCAGUAGUAGCGAAAGAAAACGAUAAGAGAACAAGCAGUCAUUCAGCAGUGUCGCUGAGUCCCUGGUCAAACUUCACUUCGAUAUGUUAUUUUUCAAGUUAUUUCUUAUAUUCUUCUGCCUUCAUGAGAUACGAGGUCAGUUUGGAAAUCCUUUGAACAAAUACAUUCGCCAUUAUGAAGGUUUGUCAUACGACACAGAGGAACUGCACAAAAAUCACCAGAGAGCAAAGAGGGCACUGUCGCCGCAGGAGAAGACAGUGCACCUGGACUUCCAUGCUCACGGAAGACACUUUAACAUGCGCCUGAAGAGAGAUACAAGUCUCUUUUCUCCAGAUCUCAUUGUUGAUGUGUCUGGACAGGAGGCACCUACUGACACUUCACAUAUUUACAGUGGAGAAAUUUUUGGUGAAACGGACUCACUGGCCCAUGGCUCUGUGAUUGAUGGACGCUUUGAGGGCUUCAUUAAAACCCAYCAAGGAACUUACUAUGUUGAGCCCUCAGAGAGAUAUUUGAAUGAGAAGAGGGUGUCAUUCCAUUCUGUCAUUUAUCAUGAAGACGACAUCCAUUAUCCCCAUAAGUAUGGCUCAGAGGGAGGCUGCGCUGACCACUCUGUGUUUGAAAGGAUGAAGAAGUACCAGACAUCUGCAGUUCAAGAGCCAGGCAAAACAGUGAACAUGAUGAUGGAAGAUGAUGAUGGCUCCAAUGGUCCAAUCAUUCUGAGACAGAAGAGGGCAGCUGGGCAAGAGAAAAACACCUGCCAGCUCUUCAUCCAGACCGAUCACUUCUUCUAUAAAUACUACGGCUCACAAGAGGCUGUCAUUGCUCAGAUUUCCAGUCAUGUGAAGGCGAUCAAUUCCAUUUACAAAGUCACAGACUUUAUGGGCAUAAGAAACAUCGGCUUUAUGGUUAAAAGAGUCAGGAUAAAUUCCACAGAUGUUGAAAAAGACAAAUCUAAUCCUUUUCGCUUCCCAAACAUUGGUGUGGAGAAGUUCUUAGAACUGAAUUCUGAACAGAACCAUGAUGACUACUGCCUGGCCUAUGUCUUUACUGACAGGGACUUUGAUGAUGGUGUGCUCGGCUUGGCUUGGGUUGGAGCUCCUUCAGGAAGCUCUGGUGGCAUCUGUGAAAAAAGCAGGCUGUACUCCGAUGGAAAGAGAAAAUCUCUCAACACUGGGAUCAUUACUGUGCAGAACUAUGCCUCACACGUCCCUCCUAAGGUGUCACACAUCACUUUUGCGCAUGAAGUUGGACACAACUUUGGUUCUCCUCAUGACUCUGGGAUUGAAUGCACCCCUGGAGAGUCUAAGCAACAGGACUUAAAGGAGAAAGGAAACUACAUCAUGUAUGCCAGAGCCACAUCAGGGGACAAAAUCAACAAUAAUAGGUUCUCCAUCUGCAGCAUUCGCAAUAUAAGUGCUGUCUUGGUGAAGAAGAGAGAUAACUGUUUUGUUGAGUCUGGACAGCCCAUCUGUGGUAAUGGACUUGUAGAAGAAGGAGAGAUGUGUGACUGCGGCUACAGUGAUCAGUGUAACGACGACUGCUGCUACAAUGCCAAUGAAGCAGAGGACAAAAAGUGCAAACUUAAACCUGGCAAAAGCUGCAGUCCCAGCCAAGGCCCGUGUUGUCAACCUAACUGUAAUUUCAAAACCAGUAGUGAUAAAUGCAGAGAGGCAUCAGAAUGUGCUCUACAAGGCUGGUGCAGUGGAAAUUCUGCUUCAUGUCCCACCUCAAAACCAAAGCAAAACCUCACCACUUGCAAUUCAGAAACUCAAGUUUGCCUUAAUGGGGUCUGCUCUGGUUCUAUUUGUGAGAAGUACAAACUAGACGUUUGCACCUGUGCCAGCAAAGAUGGAAAGGAUGAAGCUGCUGAGCUGUGCCAUGUUUGUUGUAUGGAGAAGCUGAACCCCAGCACCUGCAGCAGCACAGCCUCAGACAGGUGGGCCCAUUUGUUUAACCGGACAGUGUUAUCUCUGCAGCCUGGCUCCCCCUGCAACGACUUUAAGGGAUACUGCGAUGUCUUCAUGAGGUGCCGCCUUGUGGAUGCUGACGGGCCUUUGGCAAGGCUAAAGAAAGCCAUUUUCAAUCCAGAGCUUUAUGAGAAUAUUGCUGACUGGAUCGUGGCUCACUGGUGGGCAGUGCUAUUGAUGGGCGUUGCUCUUAUUAUGCUAAUGGCGGGCUUCAUUAAGAUUUGCAGUGUCCACACCCCCACCAACAACCCCAAACUUGCUCCAGCAAGAAAAAUUGAAGAUACUCUGAGGAGGAGAAAACCUCCGCGAGCAAACCAAGGCUACAGCCGUGCCCAACGAGAACAACUCCAAAUGAGACCGAUGAGACCGUGAGCCGCUGCUCCACUCGUUGCCUUGCUUCUUAGUGCCUACAACAGGAGCACUUCACUCCAAAGAGUUAUCUUUACAACAUAAUGCAAACGUCAAUUAACUUGAAACUGAACAUAUUUUAAUGGACAAUGUCCAAAUGUAGGUUUUUUUCUGUGUAUGUAAUGAUGAGGGCUAACAGUUGCUCACAACCUUUUGUUCUGAGAGCCAGAUUAAGAGAUUUAAAGAGGUUCAUAUAGCUUUUAUAGGAAAUAAAUAUGUUUUCAUUGGAAAGGAAGGGAAGGUAAUACACUACUCUUCUCUCUCUCUUAUGUGGUCUUAAUAUUAUUUUUCUUUGAAUUAUUUUUGUUUUAAAUUCUGAAUGGAUGUGACAAAAGAGUUUAUUUGUCUGCCUUUAUUUGUCCUUCAUAGUGCGACUGUUUUUUCUUGCCUCACUGAAAUGCUGCCGUCAGCACAGUCAGUUAAAAACAAAGAUGUCGGUCUGCAAAGAUAUUUUAUUUUGUGUGUUAAGAUUGCUUUCAACACAAAGUAUUUCCCUGACACGCAGAUCCCAACUGUGCAGAUGUUGCAGCAUCUUUUGUCUCUGACUGCGGUGAAAUUGACAUUCUGACAUAUUUAUGAUUCUUUACUGGUCUAAUUGUCUUUCUCAGGUUCUUUAAAGCAUUGGUAGACAUGUGUAAAGAUGGCUGCAUGAAUAAUUAGGAUGAAGUUCCUUCUGGCUGAGGCCUUUAUAUAAAGGUUUAGAUGAGMUGCCACGUAGCAGGACGCAGGGUGUUCAGACUGUAGAUACAUGACUUUAUUAUUGAACAUACGUACAAUGAUCCUUGUAAGAGGGGAGAAUAUAAAAUAUGCAUAUUGAUAUACGGAUAUGGUUUUGCACUUACAUUCACAUACAAAAAAAAAAACAAUCCAGAACUGAAAUAGUUAAAAAAUUAUAGCUUUUUAAACUCCAGCUGUUAUAAAAUCUAACAAAUUGUAAAACAACUGGAAAAUAACUAGUGGCACAUUUGUACAGGAAAUAAUUUGUGCCACGAUGUAGUUGUUCUAUUUAAUUAAUCACUUUUUUAUUUGUAUUUUUCUGUCUGCCUUUUCUUGUUCCGCGGUUAUUUAGCAGUUAAAUUUAAAGCCAAAUGAAACCACUUGAUAAAAAUACCAUGCUUUUCUGCCUCUGCUGCAACUCUGAGGUUGUCUGGUUGUGAAUGUGAUUUUCAUCUUUGAUUUUUAUUGCAUUUUAUUGCAGUUUAGAUUAUAUUUGUUUAUGUUGGGGAGAGCUGAAACCUUUUUGGAGGGGAAAGAAAUAUAGAGAUUUUAUUUUAAUGUUGCUUCGCUGCUGCUUGUUAUAGAUGUUUUAUCAGAGAACAAUCAAUAUAUAAUUUACUGCUGUUUAUUUUCUUUAAUUUUUUAAGGAAGCGUUAUUUAUCUUUGUUACACUUGUUUUUGUGUGUUUAUCAGAUUAAAAUGUGCCUACUGAGAGCAGCAACGUUGGUUUUUAAGUUUCAGUGACAACAUAUGGGAUUGCAUUUAUUUAAGCACCUUUCUGAACUGUUGGCAUGAAAAGACUGGGAAUGGCAGUGUAAGAUCGAAUGUCAGAAAUGUAUUAUUUUUUACUACAUAUGUUCAUAUUAACCAGUAGACAGAUUUCUUAUUUGCAUUUCUAAAAAUUUAUUCCGGUCUUCUUUUGGGGGGUUUAUUUUAACGAUCGAAUUUCCAUCACAGCCUAACUUCAUGCUAAAUAUUACUCAGAUUCACAGAUGUGUAAAUGAGGUCACAGAAUACUCAUAUUUUGAGUCUCUGGUGAAAUAUACGAACUUAUAUCAUUAAAACCUUAAAACUAAAGUCCAUCAUUCAAGCAGCAAAGCUGGUUGGGCUGCUGAUGCAACUUAAUGCUAUUUUUCUGCACAGUGCCACAACAUUAAUCUAUGCAGAGCGUAACAGGCCUCUUCACCGGGGGAAAAAAAAACACAAAGAUUUUAAAAAAUUAUUUUAGGCAGGCACACAAAGUACACUGGUCUGUUUUCAUAUCAAAGUCAUCUUUGUGUCCUGAAACCGUUUUCAAACAAACAAAACUUAGAAAUUUUUUAUGUAAUCUCGCUGCUUUUCUUUGGUGCUGUUUUUAGCUUCCAAUAUUUUACAGCUUUYAUACUUGUGUGUGUAUGCAAACUGAUUUGCUGUGUCUUUUGUGUGCUUUGGUGUGGGGUUGCAUUGGGUUAAUACUCUGGGAAAUGUCUUUGAGAAGCACUGAUCUUAUGGAAUGAGAGAAUCAAAAUGGUAAAAAUGUGCAACUACUGUCAGAUUUUAUUGCCUCUGGUGUUUUUUUUUAAUAACGUCUUCAGUUUUGUGUUUGAUCAUUUUGCUUUUUUGUUUUUGUUGCAUUUCUCAUUCUGCUUACUUUAAAGUUUUACAAAGUUGGCAAAAAAAUUCUAUUUGAAUUACAUGAAUAAAGAGAAUGAAACAGUUAAUGAAAA